GAAUAGGUCUUAAGUCAACCACGCUAUCAAAUAAAUUUUAAAGAAAUGCCUAUAUCAAGAGAUAUAGUGAAUGAACGUCUUUUUAAUAGCAAUAAAAAGCAUAAAGAUAAUACAGAAUAUGAGAUAUUGAAGCUUAAGAAUGAUGAAUAUCUUUGUACAAUUCCUAAAGUUGAUGAAGGGUUAAUAGAAGGAGAAGAAACAGAAGAAGAAAAAAAUAAAAAAGAACAAGAGACAAAUAAAGCAUUAGAAAGGGGAUUAAAGCUGCUAUCUCCUAUGGAGAAUUCAUGUAUUUAUUAUUUGGAAGGAUGGUGGACAUAUGUAUUUUGUUAUAAUAAGUAUGCAAAACAGUUUCAUCAGACAGAAUGGGAUGGUACACAAAGAGGUCUUCGUAUGUUAGAGAAUCAAAGUGAGAAUUAUUAUUUUUUAGGAAAGUUAAAUGAAACUACAAAAAAAAAAGAGCCGGAACUUUCAUCUAAAAUAGAAUAUAAUGGAAAUUCAUAUUAUAUUAGCCAAAGAAUGCAUGGGGGUACAUAUUGCAAUCUUAUUCAAGAUAACCGUCAUAUUGAAAUUCAGUAUAUAUGUGAAUCUGAUACUUAUGAUAAAAUAGUGUUUAUAUCAGAAAUUUCUACAUGUUCAUACAAAAUGAUUGUUCAUACGUCAAAGUUAUGCAAAGAGUCUUUUUUUAAUCAAAUAAGCAAUAAAAACGUACAUAUUGUUAGCUGUGAAAAGAUAUUGAAUAAUAAUGAAUAUGUCGAAUUAAUGAAUAUUUUAUAUCCAAAAACACCUAAUAACUUACGUCUGGAUAUUUUCUUUUCUAAUUUCAAUAUUAGACAUAUAACUAAACAAAAAAGAGUAAAAAAUGAGAAAAAUAAAAAUAUAUUUAAUCAAUCAAAUAAACAUAGGAAUAGAAAAAAGGUAUCAUCAGAAGAAAGAACCUCAAAAAAAUAGAUUCUUUAAAUAUCUAUAUAAACUCAAAUUUAUCAAUUAACUAUA